GCACUUCUGGGGAGGGGCGGGACUGAUAGGGCAUUGCUAAGCAACAAAGAGGCGCGCGGAGUCAAUCAGGUGAAGGAGAGUAGCAGGCGAAAUCGCUGAGGUAGCUACAGGAUGAACCGCAGCCUGCCAGUUUUCUUCACCCAAGACAGCCCCUUUGGGGAUACUACCCUAAGCUGAAGCUGCUAUUGGCCAUCCUGAAGCCAGACCUGGCACCUCAAGGUGAGGACACCUCACAGAGCACUGCUUGCCAGCCCAGUAGGAAGGGAGUGAUGACUAGAGGGAAGACCUGUAAUAAGAGAUGCAGACCCUAAGCCCAUCCAGGUCCCAAAGAUCCAGGAUCCCAGAAGUUCCCAAGGCUCUGGCCACAGGUCACAACUCCCCUGAGCUGUUUGAGAAGUCCUGGCCAUCCAGCUCAGGGACCCCUUCCCCACCCAGCACCACCGAGGAACAAAUGGGUGCCUCUCAACCACCCACCCUAAUUGACAGUGGUGAUUCUGUGGUGGCCAGGUUCAUAAACCGGUUCCGCCAGGCUCAGCCCACAAGCAGAGAGGAACGCCAGACUACAGGUCCAACCCCAGCUGACUUUUGGUGGCUGCAGCCUGAAUCUCCAGAUCCUAGCAUGAAACUUGCAACAGGAGCCAAUAAACCAGAAGGAAGAUUCAACACAGCAGUCCUGACUCUUGCCAAGGUGGCCAGUGCAUCACAGGCUAAGGCUUUGGCCCCUCUUCAAGAAAUAAAGCAGAGCCUCAGCACAUGGAACUCAUCCCUUUUGGACCUGGAGAUGCUGAGCCUGCAAAGCAGAGCUGCCAAGCUGCUGAAACACAGCAAAGCCUCUGUCUCCUCCUCCCGAAGCCUCAGCAAUGCCAACAAUUCCUCAUUCCCCAUCAGGUCUGAUGGUCUUUCUUCCUCUUCCAAGACCUUCACCCCUGACUCCAGCAAGAGCUCUGACUCCAAGGCACAUGCAACUCCUGCACCAGCCACCAUCCCUGCUCCAGCCCUGGUCUCCUCCCAGGCAACCCUGCAACCAGAGGAUGACAUUCUGUACCAGUGGCGGCAGCGGCGGAAGCUUGAACAGGCUCAAGGAGGUCAGGGUGAUGGAACCUGGGUACUGCCAGGGACCUCCGCCCUCACCACUCCGGUCUCUGUCCCCACCUGUCUGCAGACUUCGCCUGCCCCUGCAGAGACCCUUGGUUCUCUGGGAACACAGUCUAACUGCAUCCCACUUUGGGACUGUGUGGCCAGGCCUCAUCCUGCCUGUGAAGCCUUCUAUGUGGAGAGGCCGCCUAUCGCUCCAGGGUUCUCUCCACACAUCUUUUGGGGCCCCAGCCCCAAUGGGUUUUUCUGGGCACCACAGACUGGUCCAUGGAUAUCUUCUGGGGGCUUGCCCUGGGCCUCUGCUCCUAUGCCCCUUACCAACCCCCAGGGCCUGCCCAACCCUGAGCCAUGCAGCCCUGCCCAGCCCAAGCACCAGGGCCCCAAGCCUCAGAGGGGUAGAACCCCUUGCCAAGAACCUGCUGGGCAGGUCACAGUGGCUGACCAAGGGCCUGGUCCACAGCUCAGAGGCCCUCUUGGUCAGGUAGUGGCCGCUAGGCUAUUUUCGGAAAGCCUGGAGGGCAUGCACUCUCCCCUCAAGGGCCUGCCUCCAUCCCUAGAUGAAUCUCCGAAAAUCAACAACACACACUCUCAAACCAAAGUUAAACCCCCUCUAUCUGAUUCAUGGUUUCCACUGGCUGAGAUACCGCCAGAUUCAUCUAAGGCUGAGUUUCUGAAAGCCAAAGUCAUGCCCUCUGCAGCGGGGUCGGUGCUUUGCAAGGAAGUCAGGCAGGCUCAGCCCAAGUUCCCACCCCCUUCAGUUGAGAAGGCUUCCACAGGUGUCAAGUCCCUGCCCUCUCUGUUCAAGGCGGGGUCUCUAGAAGCUGUGGUCACAUCUUCGCCUGCUGCUGACCAUGCCCCGCCAGAGGACAUACUCUCCCAGGCUGCUGGGCUUCUUCAGGAUGCUGAAGACUCUGACAGUAGCGAGUUUCAGGAGGACCCUGUACUGCAGGUGCUAAGGGUUCAGAGGGCGGAACUGCAGCGGCAAAAAAGGGAAGUGGACACUCAGUUAUCCCUCUUGCUGGAUCACAAUGAAGACCCAGGGUCUUGGUCUCCUCCAGCUAGGUCACCACACUCCACCCUCAGGUCCCUCAGGAUGAUGCUGAAGAGGGAAGGGGCCUCACUUGAGACCAAAAGAUUUUUGAAUUGCACAAAUUCUGUUUUUCCCAAUGGAAUUUUUUCCAGUUUACUGGUUGUGCCUAAGAAAAGAGUUCUAGAAAGGCUGAGUCAUGCUAUCUUAGGGAAAUGGUUCCCCCUGCCUCUUACCUCCUUCCUGCCCCUCCCCCACCCCCCUGGUUUCUGACCUGUGAUGCAGAAUCUUUUCUGGUUUCAUCCCCUUUGAGGGCAAGCAGGGGAGGGAUUCCAGGCAACACUUCAGGCAAGUCUGGGACUCACCUUAACUCAGGAGUGGAUCUUCCUGUCUCACAUGAGAUAGAAGGAACUGCCCUCCAGGCCCGAAACUAAUGGGGUUAUCAGAGUGCUAGACAAUGGUUAUUUCUUAGUCCACACACUGCUUGAGCCUGCAGCAGCAUUUGGUCAUCAAGCCCUCCCUCCUUGAAGCAUUCCCUUCCCCUGCUUCUAGCAUCACCAGUCUGUCACUUUAGUGCGUCCAGGGCUUUGGCCUUGACUUCUCUAUCUACACUCAUUCCCAGGUGCUGUUGUAGCUUAAUGGAUAACCCUGUCUGUUCUGAUAGUCCCCAAAUUUCUAUCUUCAGCCUGGACCUUGCCACUAAACCUCAGGCUCCUAUAUCUUGCUACCUGCUCACCAUCCUCAUUCAGAGGUCUAUGAGAUGUCUCAGACUGCACAGGUCUUAAACUGAGCUCCCAAUCUUCCCCCUAAACCUCCUCCUCCCAAGCUUUCCUCAGUGUCCUUCUGCUUCCUCCUUGGUCCAAAAGCAUCAAGGUUGUCCUUGACUCCUUUCUUUUCCUCACACCCACACUCAGUUGACCAGGAAAUCCUGUCAUCUCUACCUUUAAAAGCUACCCAGAACUUAACCCUUUCUUCCCCUUCCACAGCCAUCACCCUAGUCGAGGCAAUCAUCACCUGUCUGGACGAUUAAAAACUAUUGUUUUGUCAACAAGUUCUUUGAAAUAUUUCCCAUCAGAAAGUAGAAUCUCAGUUUCUUUUCCUUGAAACUGGAUAGAACUUUGACUUCCAUAAACAGAAUGCAGAGAAAAUGAUACUGCUUUAAAGUUCUAAACUGUAUUAAAACAGAUGAUACAA